GGGCGGGGGGAGGAGCCGAGCUGGCACCGCGGCCGGCGCGCGGGGCUGCGGCGGCGGCGGCGGCAGGGGCAGCUCCGGAUCCGGCCCCCCCUCCCACCACCUGGUUCUUGGGGACAGUUCCGCAGCCCCUUAUCCACCCUACAACCCCCAUGGGCUACCGCCAGCCGCCGCCUCCGCUGCCAUCCAGGACAAGGCAGGGAUAAGCGCAGCCCCUCCCAAGCACAGGACUCGCUGGCCACCAUGUCAGGAGACUACGAGGAUGACCUCUGCCGUCGGGCACUCAUCCUGGUCUCAGACCUCUGUGCUCGGGUCCGAGAUGCCGACACCAGUGACAGGUGCCAAGAGUUCAACGACCUUCGGAUCAGAGGCUAUCCCCGGGGCCCAGAUGCAGACAUCUCCGUGAGCCUGCUGUCGGUCAUCGUGACGUUCUGUGGCAUUGUCCUUCUGGGUGUCUCCCUCUUCGUGUCGUGGAAGCUGUGCUGGGUGCCCUGGCGGGACAAGGGAGGCUCAACCGUGGGCGGCGGUCCCUUGCGCAAAGACCUAGGCCCCGGGGUCGGGCUGGCAGGCCUGGUAGGCGGCAGCGGGCACCACCUGGGGGCCGGCUUGGGUGGCCAUCCCCUGCUGGGGGGCCCGCACCACCAUGCCCACACAGCCCACCAUCCGCCCUUCGCCGAGCUGCUGGAGCCGGGCAGCCUAGGGGGGUCUGACCCCCCUGAGCCCUCUUACUUGGACAUGGACUCCUACCCAGAGGCCGCAGCUGCUGCAGUAGCCGCGGGGGUCAAACCGAGCCAGACAUCUCCCGAGCUGCCCUCCGAGGGCGGGGCAGGCUCGGGGCUGCUCCUGCUGCCCCCCAGUGGUGGGGGCCUGCCCAGUGCCCAGUCGCAUCAGCAGGUCACAAGCCUGGCACCCACCACCAGGUACCCCGCCCUACCCCGGCCCCUCACCCAGCAGACCCUGACCCCGCAGCCGGACCCGGGCAGUGAGGAGCGGCCGCCCGCCCUACCCUUACCCCUGCCGGGCGGAGAGGAAAAGGCCAAGCUCAUCGGACAGAUCAAGCCGGAGCUGUACCAGGGGACUGGACCCGGCGGCCGGCGGGGCGGCGGGGCCCCCGGCUCUGGGGAGGCCGGCGCGGGGGCGCCCUGUGGCCGCAUCAGCUUCGCCCUGCGGUAUCUCUACGGCUCCGACCAGCUGGUGGUGCGGAUCCUGCAGGCCUUGGACCUCCCGGCCAAGGACUCCAAUGGCUUCUCAGAUCCCUACGUCAAGAUCUACCUGCUGCCUGACCGCAAGAAGAAGUUUCAGACCAAGGUGCACAGGAAGACCCUGAACCCCGUCUUCAAUGAGACGUUUCAGUUCUCGGUGCCGCUGGCUGAGUUGGCGCAGCGCAAACUGCACUUCAGCGUCUAUGACUUUGACCGCUUCUCCCGGCACGAUCUCAUCGGCCAGGUGGUGCUGGACAACCUCCUGGAGCUGGCCGAGCAGCCCCCCGACCGCCCGCUGUGGAGGGACAUCGUGGAGGGCGGCUCGGAAAAGGCAGAUCUUGGGGAGCUCAACUUCUCACUCUGCUACCUCCCCACCGCCGGCCGCCUCACCGUGACCAUCAUCAAAGCCUCUAACCUCAAAGCGAUGGACCUCACCGGCUUCUCAGACCCCUAUGUGAAGGCCUCUCUGAUCAGCGAGGGGCGGCGUCUGAAGAAGCGGAAAACCUCCAUCAAGAAGAACACGCUGAACCCCACGUAUAACGAGGCGCUGGUGUUCGACGUGGCCCCCGAGAGCGUGGAGAACGUGGGGCUCAGUAUUGCCGUGGUGGACUACGACUGCAUCGGGCACAAUGAGGUGAUCGGCGUGUGCCGCGUGGGUCCCGACGCCGCCGACCCCCACGGCCGAGAGCACUGGGCCGAGAUGCUGGCCAACCCGCGCAAGCCCGUGGAGCACUGGCAUCAGCUGGUGGAGGAAAAAACUUUGACCAGCUUCACAAAAGGCAGCAAAGGAUUGUCAGAGAAAGAGAACUCAGAGUGAGAGGUCUGGCCAAGGCUUGGAAUCAGACCAGGCCCCAUGAGGACCCCAUCCCUUCCUGCCCGGACUGUGAAUUCAUCUCCUCGAAGCCAUAACGUCCGAGCCGCGUGGUGCGAGGCAGCCCUGGGCCUGUCCAUCCUUCUACCCCUGGAGGCUUGGGGGUGGUGGGAGGCAGGUGGGCCCAGCUCCCUGUUUCAGGGUGGGGGGCAUUCAGUCUUCACUGUGUCUGUCUUCCCUCCCCGGGGUUCCCCAUCCAGGUGAGGGGCCAUGCAUGUCUGGGGGAUCCCUGUCCCCCCAAAACCUCUGUCUGUCUGUCAUCUGUCUCUUUGCUGUUUGUACAAUACUUAGUGUCCUAACCCUCGUGCUGGCUGUGAAUGUCAACAGACCAAUCUCCCAUGUUCCCCUAGACACGCACACGCCCGUGUCCACCCUUUCUGUUCACCACACCCUGAGUCUGGCCGAUUCCCCCCACUGCUGCUGCUAUCAACUCCAGAAUAAACACAUACUUUGGGUCUCACUCCA